CUUUGCUGUGAUUGGUCAGUUCUGUCAAAUAUAAGCGUCGGUCGACCCACUCGUUUCCUCUUUCUUUCACGCGACCCUAACGCUCGAUUACACCUUGUCUUUAAACCAGCUGCUAAGCGAUCCCUGGAAGCACAUUCAAGAUGCCCAGGGAAGACAGGGCCACGUGGAAGUCCAACUACUUUCUGAAAAUUAUCCAACUCUUGGAUGAUUACCCAAAAUGCUUCAUAGUGGGGGCAGACAACGUGGGCUCCAAGCAGAUGCAGACCAUCCGCCUGUCUCUGCGUGGGAAAGCUGUUGUGCUCAUGGGUAAAAAUACCAUGAUGCGCAAAGCCAUCCGUGGUCACCUGGAGAACAACCCUGCUUUGGAGAAGCUCCUGCCCCACAUUAAAGGCAAUGUGGGGUUUGUCUUCACCAAGGAGGAUCUGACUGAGGUCCGGGACUUGCUGCUGGCUAAUAAGGUGCCUGCAGCUGCCCGUGCUGGAGCCAUCGCCCCCUGUGAUGUCACUGUGCCAGCCCAGAAUACUGGACUGGGUCCUGAGAAGACCUCUUUCUUCCAGGCUCUGGGCAUCACCACCAAAAUUUCCAGAGGAACCAUUGAAAUCUUGAGUGACGUCGGCCUGAUCAAGACUAACGACAAGGUUGGUGCCAGCGAAGCCACACUUCUCAACAUGUUGAACAUCUCGCCCUUCUCCUUUGGGCUGAUUAUCCAGCAAGUGUAUGACAACGGCAGUGUUUACAGUCCUGAGGUGCUUGACAUCACAGAGGCAUCCCUGCAUACCAAGUUCUUGGAGGGUGUGAGAAACAUCGCCAGUGUGUGUCUGGAGAUUGGCUACCCCACUUUGGCUUCUGUCCCCCACUCGGUCAUCAAUGGCUACAAGAGAGUCCUGGCUGUUGCUGUGGAAACGGAUUAUUCCUUCCCCCUGGCAGAAAAGGUCAAAGCUUACCUGGCUGAUCCAACUGCUUUUGCUGCUGUUGCAGCAGCACCUGCAGCUGUUGCAGAAACUGCUGCAGCUCCAGCUGCAAAGGAGGAGGUUAAGGAAGAGUCUGAGGAAUCAGAUGACGACAUGGGCUUUGGGCUGUUUGACUAAAGCAAAUACAGCGAACGGAACCUGUUGGAAUCAAAAGAACAUGAUUCAAUAAAGUUUGUUAAAAUAA